AUGUCGUUCGCUGUUCUGCUUGCCCUUGGGUUUCUUUCCCUGGGAAUCCACCAAGUGCUACGCCAGCGGCAGAAGAACCCACGCCGUUUACCAGUUCCGCCUGGGCCCCUGGCUUCUAUCCCAUGGAUCAAACACGCAUUCCAGAUGCCGACCAGUCAUCAAUGGGUGACCUUCCGCGAGUGGACCGAAACUUACGGUGACGUGGUCUCCGUAGAGGCCUUCGGGCAACAUAUCGUUGUUCUGGGAUCGCUCAAGGCUUGUAUCGAUUUGUGCGAAAGACGUUCUUCCGUAUAUUCGGAUCGUCCCGACGUCCCGAUGCUGCGGGACUUGAUGGGCUGGGAUUGGCUCAUUGGAUUCCUCGGGUACGGGCCGGAAUGGAGGAUGCAGAGAAGAGGCUUUCACCAGGUCUUGAAUGCUCGAGAGUCGGCCAGCUACCAACCUACCCAGAUUCGAGAAGUGCGAAAGCUUCUGAAGCGACUGCUAGUCUGCCCUGAAGAAUUCUAUACCCUCGUCCGACAUGAACUUGGCGCCGUCAUCAUGGACCUUGCGUACGGAAUCAAGAUCGCUGAAAAUAAUGACCGAUACCUUCGAACGGGAGAGGCUGCGAUAAAUACAGUUGUCGUUGGUGGAGAUCCCACCAUUUACUUCGUGAACUCGUUCCCAUGGCUCAAAUACAUCCCGUCAUGGUUCCCCGGCGCCAGGUUCAAGCAACAAGCGGCAGAGUGGAAGUUGCUAGGCCAGGCGUUCAAGAACAAUCCCUUCAACUAUACAAAGGAAGCCAUGAAACGAGGAACGGCAUCUACUUCAUUUGUAAGCACGCUGCUGGACAAAUUCUCCAAUACUUGGGAUAUCGCAGCCACAGAAUCUCAAACGGAAAGUGUUGUAUCAAGCAUAGCUGCUGGGGCAUACCUAGCUGGAUCGGAUACAACGGUAUCAGGAUUGCAGACGCUAUUUCUUGUCAUGGCGAACGAUCCAGACAUGCAGAAGCGUGCUCAGCAAGAGCUGGACAGCGUCGUCAGUUCCGAAAGACUCCCCGAGUUCCACGACCAGGAGAAGCUUCCGUACAUCACGGCGAUUUGCAAGGAGCUAAUACGGUGGCAGGCGAUUGUACCUUACGGCAUUCCACACGCAGCUUCGGAAGACGAUGACUAUAACGGCUAUUACAUUCCGAAAGGCAGCGUCGUUAUUUGUAACAUCUGGGGGAUCCUACGCGACCCCGAGUUAUAUCCAAAACCCGAACUGUUCUAUCCAGAUCGUUUCAUCAAGGAUGGUGAACUUAACCCCGAAAUCACGGACCCAGCGCUGUCCGCCUUCGGCUUUGGACGGAGGAUAUGCCCCGGACGGUGGUUGGCCUCUCAGGCGCUCUUUAUCACGGUCGCUUCUGUCCUCUCGGUAUACAAUAUUGCGCAACCGCUUGAUGACAAUGGACGUCCCGUCCAGUUGAACCCAAACAUGCUGACUGGCAUGGUGUCGUGA